CGCAGCAACAAAAUGAUGGGAGGCAGUGAGACCGUCAGCGGAGACAAGGAUGCGGUCCACACUGCUACAAUACACGUCCCCAUUGGCUGGCUCCGGAGAGUGGACGGAGGGCAGGUGACCUAUGUCAGUCCCAGUGGCACCACCCUGUCCACGCUGGAUGAGGUCAAGAGCUACCUGCUGACUGAUGGUACCUGCAAAUGUGGUCUAGAGUGCCCACUUAUCAUUCAUAAGGUUUUUAACUUCAGUGUGGGUGUGAAAGUGGAACAGAACAGUCAGCCGUCAUGCAAAGCAGAGCAGGACAUGACCAAAUUGUGUAAUCACCGCAGGAAAGUGGUGGCGAUGGCUGCUCUGUGUCGAAGUAUGCAGGCCUCACAGCUUCCAUUUACCAACUUUCAUCACCCAGAUGUAACUCGAGGGGACAGCAGAGAUCCAAAAAAGGAACAUUCAGAGCGUAAAGAAGAGGACCGUGGACAUUUUUAUCCAAAACACAAUUCAGUACCAACUCGGGGGCUCAACAACAUCCACCCAAACCCUUGCCCCAGCCCUAAAUCCUCCCAUCAGUUUAUCUAUCCUUACAAUGGUUCCUCCCCUGUGCUUAAUACAGGCACAAAUUGUCACCAUCCCCUAGAUGCUUUUAGAAGACAUCCUCACUCUCCAGUCCCGACAUCUUCCACUGCUUCCACUUCGUUUCCACCUCACAGCCCUGCCCGGAGGUCACCCCACACCCCCACACCUCAAAAUACCAGUCAAGGUCAAAUAACACCUAAAACCCCUGAGACUCCUAGCUCUCCUUGGUUAGGACCCCUGUCAUCACCUCCUCCCUCUUCCCCUAUGACCCUUGGAGGAGUGAGGGCAGCACAGACUCAAACUCAUUACCCUCUAACUCCCCUUUCUCCAUCUAACCCCUUCUCUCCCUCUGUCCAUACCAUGGGUAUGUCUUCUCACCAGCGAUCCCGCAAUCCAUCAGCCUCUGCUUCCUCUGUGUCUGAGCAUGGAGGAGGCUCCAUAACAGCAGAAGGAGGAGGACUGAUGGGAAAUAACUUUCCUCACAGGAGGAAGUCUGCCUCUUCCUCUCCGCACUCCCCAGUCCCUGGUGGCUCCCCUCUUCCCAGCCCCCACUUCCCCAAGUACAAGCUGGAAGACAUCUUGGAGCAGUUUAAGAACUCAGACAACAGCAGCACUAAUAACCACCAUAUCCUAAACCCUGCUAAUCCUUCUUUACUGACCAACCAAAGCAGUAGUCACCCUCAUAUUGUCUCCUCAAAGCCCUCUAAGAGCACCGUAACUCCAGCCAAUAGUGCAGGACCAAAACGUUUUGGUUUGAAUCAGUUAGGGCCUCCUAAUUUGCCUCUGGGGCCACUGCUGAACCACCAUUAUAGCCAUCAGGGCAAACUGCCUCACCCGGUUUCAUUCCCUGCCAGCAGCCUGCUCUCUGCAGCAGCCAAGGCUCAGCUGGCUAACCAGGUAACCCAGGGCUCAAAUGUGUCCAACAAUGCAGGGAACUUGCACUCCUCUUUGGAUGCUUUGAAAGAGGCACAACAGCAACAAAAGGUAACAAACAGCACUUUACACAACAGCAUUACUUCCUCCUCCAUUGCUUCUGCUAGGCUUCCUCAUCCCUCCCUUGCAGCAGCUUCUGCUGUUCUCUUUCCUCCAUCUCAAACUCUGGCCCAGUCCCUCGUGUCCUCCUCGCCUCACCCGCCUCUAGCGGCUGAACGCAAUGCAUCGCACAGGAAGAGACAGCGACGAUCACCUACACAGCCGCUGGCCAACGGAGUUCGAAAGACUACACCUGAUGAGGCUGUAUCUGCUACAGUUAUCAACCUUUCCUCAUCUUCCACAUCCUUCCCCUCCUCCUCGCAAUCCUACUCUACCUCAGCUGUGCAGAAUCGGAGUACUGUCACAUUGGAAAACCAUCAUCUAAACCUCCCCGGGCAAAUGCCAAGACUUCCUGCACCUCCAGGACAUCUUUCCAGGCCUCCUCGGCCAAACGAGGCUCUGAACUUCACUACAGCCCUGACACCCACAUCUCUUGGCUUAGAUCCCCCGACUCAGCCGCUGUCUGCUCUGUUACACCUGCUUAGUGUGCAGAACGCACAGGUCACUGCAUCAAACUCGGCCUCAGCCCAGUCUAGAACUGUUGAAGGACGUGGACACACUAAUGAACAGAACUUGAGGCAGUCCCCAACGUCUCCAGCUCCUACUUCUAAUGUCAGGCACCCACAGACUCUACCCUUCUGCCAAAUGGAAAACACUAAUCCCCUACCCCUGCUGCAGCAGGCGCUUUCUUCCCCUCCUACCUCCUCUUCCGUCGCAAUACAGUCCCAAACUCCUCCACAAUCUACAACAUCAAGUCCUCAGCAAAUACCCUCUCCUUGUAAGUCAAAUGAAGUUUUUCAGAACAACUGCGAUCCAUCUCAGCGGACAACCUCCCCUCCCGUAAACACAGAUCAGCCAUCCAAUAAUCACAUUCCCACAACAAACUCCGUUUCCCAGGUGUCUUCACAUGCAGCCUCUCCUCGGGGAGCUGUGGCAAUGGAGACUGGUCGCAACAGCCCAUCAACAUCAGUGGACCUGAGUCAUGCUGAAAGCAACGCUUCUACAGGAGUACCAUCUUCUCCAAAGCCUCUUGAUCUUAGCAACCAUGUCCUGGCCCUUUUCUCUACGUCCUCCACUGUUACCCAGGGGGACGGGGAUUCCUCCAAUCAUGGCACUAAUGCUGACAUGUCUUCUACAGAAAAUCCUACAGCAGUACAAGAGGAACCUGACCAUUUAGACCCAAAGACUUCCUCGAUGACUACCCCUCCAGCAUCCACUAGUCCCACAUUCACCUUCUCUGCACACCAUGAGGGGAGUCACAGUCCUGCCAGCUCUUCAGCUGUGGGAGACUCGACGACUCCCUUAGCUUUGGCAGAGGCUUUUCCCUUCAUGAACCAAGAGCAGCUGCUUCAGCUGCUGUCAUCCACAGGAGGUUUACCAUCUCUCUUGGAUUCCACAGUCCUGGCUUCAUUGCCCUUGGGAGGGCUUUGGUUAGGAGGGCAACAUGCACAGUUACCUCCUGCUUCGGUUACACCACAGCCACCACCGAAUCUCGGAGAGCAGCACCAAUCAGAGCAGCCGCAUUUACUGGUGCAAGAAACACAGCAACAAAACCAAGACCAACAACAGAAGCAACAGCAGGUCAACAACAAUCCUUUGUUUCCUUUGUUGCCCUUGUUGAGCAGCGGACAAGGGGAGCUACCACUGAACCUUCUGGGCCUGCUGAACCCGCUUGCUGCCUCAGCACUAUCUACAGGACAGGAGCCUGACUUAACAGAAAGAUCAAGUCUUCAAGCCCUGCUCAUGGCCUCUGUUUUAGUCGGGCAACAGCCAGCAUCUCUGUUACCUCUGUCUGUGCUGGGUCAUCUGAACCAGAUCAGCUUAGAUGUUCCUAUUCAGCACUCACAGCAGAUCCCUGCCACUUUGGAGGGCCUCAACCUCGAUAAGACCUCUGGUCUCUUUGAUCCAACCUCCCUCACAGGCUCAGGCUUCUUAGACAUAACCCACAGCCUUCUUCCAAUCACUGCAGGAGCAGAGAACCCUAUCCAAGCUCUGCAGUCUCUACUCCUUCCUGCCACUCUUCCUCCUCCCCCCGCAGCCUUCCUGUCCCUCAGCCCUGCUCUGCUCACAGCUGCUCUGAGCUCUGCUGAGCUCCACUCUCCUCCCAACACCCAGUUAGCUCCUGCACAGCAGACCCAACACACCCAAGCUCAGGUACCCACUGACACAGCUGUUGACACCCUCAUCCCUGUGUCUCUCCAAGGCAAAGACAACCCCCUCCUCCAACAAUUACUUCCCACUUUGCUUAACACAUCUAUGUUAGGAGAUGUUCCUGGCAUCACAGGGCUCCAGAACAUGGUCGGCAUUGGAGCAGGUUCCAUUCUUCUGUCCCCAGUUCAGGCCUCUGCUUUAGGUUUGCUGCAAGGGCCCGAUGGAGGAAUCAACUUACUCAAUAACAUCCAGCUGAACCUCACACCACCCUCAGAUGGAGAGAAACCUGGUUCUUUGCAUGAAACCCAAAGACCAGCUGCACAGGAAGAUUUACCAGCCAGUGAAAUUGCUCCUGAGGUAGUCCCAUGUCCUGGUUCAGCUCUGUCUCCGUCUCCUGCUCAAGAAUCCACCCAACCCGCUCAGAGGGGGCCUGAGGGCAGGUCUGUCAUUGACCCUUACACUUCUUUUAUGGACACUAUUUAUACCUCUUUUCUGCAAGUGAGUGCUAAAGAGCAGGAAGACGGGGUUCAGCUGGGGCCAUCGGACCCUACUUCACCCUUCUGUGCCUUACCGCCGGUUUCUUUUCCUCUAGAACACCAUAGCACAUCCACUAAUGUCCCAACUCUGCCCCAGGCAAAUGCCCCCAUCUCCCUAAGCCCACGACGAGCUUGUUCACUUCGCAACCCGGACUUAUCGCGGCUCAGUCUGGAAGCUGCCGCACAUUCCCCGGCCCAGGGAACACCUAAACCCACAGAGGAUGGGCCUACGUCACCUCUACAGAGAAAGCCGGUUAUAGAGGGACAUAUCCACCUAGAGCCCCCUUUGCCACCCAUAUACUUGGAGGAGGCUAAGACAGACUGUACUGGUCUUGCAGCAGCUGUUUGUCCAUUUGUGGAAAUGGGAGUGGAUAGCCAGGGACAACUAACCCAUGCUGGAUACCUCAGUCCCAGAGACGGAUGCAGUGAGAGGCCUAACGAAGAGACAACCGAGACAUUGCUGCUCACUGGACAGGGAAUGGAUCAAGGAGGGGCAGCAGGUGGAGCCAGAAGAGGAAGGAAAAGAAAACAAACGCUUCAGAACGUCUUAGAAGACUUCAGAGACAUGGAUGCUACAGCACUAGAGGAAACCAAGGCUACAGCAGCACUCCUAAAGCCUGACAGGUCUGUGCGCGGCAGGCGAAGACGAGGUACCAGAUCUCAAAGGCAGUGAUUAGUGGAAGAAGCUGUUCAGCAGUGAGAAGGUGGCCAGACGACUCCCUAGACACCCCAUCCAUCUCUGCUGUCUUCACUACUGUUUAGACUUUUCUAAAGGAAAAAUCAGCUGCACUAAUAAGAUGCUGUUGUCGGGUCAACCAUGAGUAUGGCAACCACUAUUUAAAAUAACACAUAGGAGAAAGAUAUAGUCAGAUCAAUUUAUUUUUAAACUGUGGGGUGGGGGGAUUUUUGUGGAUAGUUUUUUCACUAGAUUUUCUCUUAAGUCAUAAAACAAUGUCUGGACUUUGUGAUCAGAGACCUUUCAACUAGGUUGGUGUUAUAUCGAUGGAAAAACAAAUGAGUACUGUUUUCUUCUCAUCAGUGUGUUACUAUGAGCCAGGAUAAAGCCCGUCUACUUGAAUGAUGUUCUGUGUUGAAAGUGUGUCUCUUCAGUGUGUGUGUGUGUGUGCGUGCGUGUGGAUUGGUGUCUUUUUGUAUGUUUGUGUGUGAGCUGUUGCUGAGCCCCAAUUGGGUUUGUCAUGAUUUGUUUUGGUAUCAGUAUAGAGGAACCCGUCUCAUAGCUGUUGUAUUUUUAAGACGGUGGUUGUAUGUGGAAGAAAGAUUUUAAGGUUUUCAGAAAACGCUGAAAAAAAGAUGAGAAUGAAAUGAUUUUCUUUCCUCUUGACCUCAGAUUGGACUUUGCUAAGGAAAUGGUUUGGGACAGGUUUCUUUGGCUGUUUACAUCAACCGCCAAAACAACACAGCCGUUCAUUAGUUAGAACUGUUUAUUACUUGUCAGAAUUGCUCAUUAUUAAUUGGAACAUAAAUUGAGCUCUUUUAUAUAUUCCUUUUUUUCUUUUCUUUUUCUUUUUUUUUUUUUUUGUUAAUAAGCUCGGGUCUCUGUAACUUCCUUCUUAAAUGACUGAAUUCAUGAGGUUUUGCAAAUCCACAACAAAUCUUGAGCGUCUUAUGAACCCUGAGGUGCAUUUCGUGAUGUUUUGGCAACCCUAGUUACAUUUCACGUAUUAUUUGUCUCUUUAAAAUAAAUGGCAUGUAGCUAUAGUGUGAUGGAGAGUAUUUUAAAGAAGACCCACUCCCAUCUACUCACCAGGGAUCUAAACAUUUGCACAAACGUUGAGCUUGUGGAAAGUACUGUAUGUCCUUCCAACUGGUGAAGUGGUUUGCUAGGAUAAUAAGACCGAGCGUGAUGGUGUCCGUCUGUAUAACUGUUGAGUCUGUGUGUUACUGUGGACUUGGAGGGAUACGUUUCUCCUCCCUGUGUUUCUUCAUGUCACUCUGAGCUCUCCUCCACUCACUGCCCUGCCCCAGGAGUUUUGGCAUCUCCAUCUGUAUUUAAAUAAAAUUUAAAGAAAAGAAAACUGAAAAGAAAAGCAGAUUAUGCAAUUUCUAUACUUGGACAUUUGUAUAUAUGUACAGUUAAUGUGUUUGAUUUUAUAUUGUCAGAGAAACACCAGAGAAAACAAUUGUGAAUUUUCUUGGAAUUGUAAUUAUUUUUCUCAUUCUACCCCUUUUUGCUUUCAAUACUUAUGUUCAAAAAAAGACAAUUAAAUUGUGGACUGUAGCGUUCUUUUUAUAUGGGAGUCAAUUUUUUAUUUAAUAUUAAACUAUUUACAAAAAAAUGUAUGCUUUGUUUAUUUCUGUUGAGUGCCAUGAAUUCAGGAUGCAUUUUUCAUAGAUUCAGUCAACGCCUAAUUUAAGUACACGACUAAGUUAUUGUUGCAAAUUGUAAAAAUUAUGAUUGGGACAAAUAUAUUAACAUAAACUGAUUUAAUAUUUGUUAAGUUUGGAAGCAGAUUUCAGUUAUUAUCAAUGUUAUUCGUUGGUGCUUAAUGAUGUAUUUAUAAAUCUGAGUUUGUCAUGUUACAACCACAAACUUUAAGUAACUCUUGAGGAUUUUAUUUGGUAGACCAGCACAAUUGGGAGGUGAAAGGAGAAUAAAGAUUUUUUUCUGGUUUUUGUUUUUACAAAUCAAAAAACGGAAACUUGCUCUGUCCUUUCAAGAGAUUUGCCCACAUGAGCUGUGGCUCUCUGCAGCUCCUCCAGAGUUACCACAAGCCUCUUGUAGUUCACUGAUUAAUGCUGUCCUUGCCCAGCUUGUCAGGGUUUGCAGUUGUGUCAUUUCUAUUUUCCUUUUUUUCCAUUUUCAGAUGAUGGGUUGAACAGUGUUCCAGGACAUGUUCGAAGAUUGUUUUCUAACUUACUGCUUGAAUUUUCUCCACUGGUUUAUCCUGGUUUCAGCUGUUGUUUUCCUUGGUCUUUGUGAUGCUUUUUGUUCACUAAUGGUCUCUAACAAAACUCAGGCCUUCACAGAACAGCUGAAAUAAUACUGAGAUGUAAUUUUACACAGGAGGACUCUGCUUAGCUAACUUCUAAAGGUGGUUGGUUGCACAGCUGCCUGGCUGCAAAUAAACACAACACUUUUCA